UAAUUCCCAAGAUAUACCACCAGAAACGGUUUUCUGGAAUUGGUUACCCAGCGAACGGGAGUUUGGGACGUGACCUCCUUGAACUAGAAAGCGUCCAGAGAGGGUCUGGAGCGAACUGUUUGCGGGGAGUUCAAGGAAAAGGGUAACGACCUCCUAAUCUUUCGGCGAUAGUGUCGCUGUCGUCGUACUCUGUCCGGCAGUAGUCACGGCCGAUCCCUCAUUAGAAUGUGCCCCACCGGGUCUACUAUUAAAGGAUUCGGCGCUGGGAUGGGAUCAAUAAUCAGGAUAGCCGUCUUUUUGGCCGGGAAGGAAAACCAGAUCAUGCGAGAUUUGAGUUGUGGUUGUAAAGGAGAAAAGAGGCAUCGAGGAAGUCAAAAAGUACGAUUGUAGUUAAUAAUUAAUUAUGACCAAAAUCCAACCAGCUGAGAGUGAGGGGGUUCUCUACUAAGUACUAUCUGGUUAAAAAGCCUUGGACGGUUCCGGAUGACGUCUACGCCCGGCGAAAAAGAACUUCAAGGCAGAUGCG